AGCCCAAAUUUUCGCUCUCAAGAUGGGGGCCCGUGCUUCUUGCAUCGAGCCUGUAUCGGAGCCAUGUCUGGAAGAGCUCGAGCAUCUUCCGAGCUCAAGCUCGCCAGACAAAGACAUGCACAUUCCUGCAUUCGCCGGGGACACUGUCAGCACUUCCGAUAGCUUUCGGAUGGAGCUGUCUCCCAAGGAGCAGUGCCUCGAGACGCCUUUGAAGAAGCACGAGAAAAUCUUCAGACAGGGUUCCCAGGUGAGCAGCGUGGGCAGCCGGCAGGUGUCGCCCUCCCUUGGUCGCUCCCCGUCCAUGGCACUGGAUGUGGACGCGAUGCGGCAAGUGUCUGCCUUGUCGUCGCACUUCAGCGACCACCGCUGGGCGGGGGCUUUGUCGCGGCCCUCGGACUUCACGCGGGCCACGGUGGAGCUGGCCAUGGACUUCCCCAUGUGGCUGGUGCCCGCGAGGACGCUGGUGGAGCUCCAGGCUCCUCUGCUGCCCCACGACGACAUGGUAGAAAGCGGCCGGCUGGUGAGAUGGAGGGAAAACCAUCCACGCAAGGUGGUGCUGAUUUCCCACCAGUGGGCUGGCAAGAGGCAUCCGGAUCCUCACAUGGACCAGAUCAGAGUUUUGCAGGAGCUCCUGCGGGGGAUGGCUGCUGGCACGGUAGAGGUGGGCAAGGACAUGAUCGCCGAGGCGUUCGGCGCUGAUCUGCUGAUGCCUUCCCCCGAGGAGCAGCGGCAAUGUAUGGAGUGGGAUAUUUGGUAUGACUUCUUUGGCAUCCCGCAGGUGGACGACCGCGGGUGUGUGGCCAGCAUUCCUGAGCUGCAAGCUGCUGUGGACAGCAUCCCAGCAUACUGCGAUGCGGCGGACUAUGUCAUUAUCCUGGCGCCCACCAUCCGGCACGCGGAUUCAGGCGCUAUCAUGAACUAUGCUUCAUGGGGCACCCGGGGCUGGUGCCGCGCUGAGCGCACCGCCACAGCGCUUUCUCCUAAGGAGAAGCCGAUGUUGGCGGUGACAGAUUCCAAUACCAUCUUUGCCAGCAGCGCUGCCGAGUGGAUUCAGAACUGGCCGCAUGAUGGCAACUUCACAGUGGAGGAGGACCGAGCCACUGUGAGGACUUUGACCAAGCAACUCUUAGAGCUGAAAUGCGCCAACUUGCUGCAGUUGGGCGACGUGCAGCGCUGGCGCUUCUACAAAGCUUUGUCCUCCCAGGUCCUGCAGACGAACCGGCAGCCCUGGUCGAAACCGGGGCUGGCCAAGAAGCAGCAAAUCCGCAUGGGGGACCUCGCCUUUACUCAUGAAAACGAGUGCGUGGUGGAGUCCUUCAUGGUGAAUUACCAACUGGCGACCUUCGAGCAGAGCCGUGCGGAGUUGUCUCCCCUUAUGCUGGCCUGCAUCGAGGGCAACUGCAGUCACGUGGAGAAUCUCUUGAACCUGAAGGUGGACGUGAACAAGAUGUGGCAGGGCUCCCUCCCGGACGUUCAGCUGGAGGGCACCCACACUGCCCUCUCCAUUUCAUCGGCCUUCUCCACUCCCAAGGUUGUGCGUUUGCUGCUGCAAAGCCGCGCCAGCCUAGAUGGAGCUAGCGCGUCACCCCUGGAGAUGGCGGCCCUAUUCGGCAACCACGAGGUGAUGCCGGUCUUGGUGGAGUACGGUGCAGAUGUGGGACGCCGGAACUUGCGGGGGGAUCCGGCGCUUGUAUGUGCGAUGUGCUCGCAGAAUCCGAAGGUGGUUCAAACGCUGCUGGAGCUCCGGGCAGAUCCCAAUGAGGCUGGCGGCUUUGGGCAGAGCGCGCUGGUGAUGAGCGCCAUGCAAGGCUUGCUGAAGCAUGCGGAAUACCUGCUCAACGGCGGCGCGGACGUCAACGCGUGUGCCACACCAGCAACCUCCCCACAGGCCCGUCAGGCCCAGCUCUGGGUGAAGAGUUGGCAAGGCAAGAGUGCUUCCCACUCGCAAGCGAGCCUUGCCCUGAUGAGCUUUGCUACGCCUAUACAUAUGGCGGCGCUGAAUGGCGACCUCGAGCUUUUGCGUUUGCUGCUACAGCACAAAGCUGAUGCUUCCAAAGCCGCGGGGAGGGAGAAGGUCACGCCAAUAGAAGUUGCUGAGGCCCACGGCCACAGCGAUGUGCUUUUGCUAUUGAGCGGCGCAGCGGCUGUGGAUUAUUUGGCGGUAUGAGGAGUUCACCGAACGCCGUCUUCUAUCAUUUUCUAGCGACACUGCUGCUCAAGGCCGUCGCACCUUUUGGCGCAGCUAAGCGGCAUGGUACAGCAGCCAGAUGCUGGCUGACGAAUUGUUUUGCUUGCAAUGCUAAAUGGAAUUUUCAAUUUCCGGAUCCUUCAAGCACUGGCGCUUCCGUGUAUUUCUGGUUUAGUCAUAACCGGAGAAUGCCUUUGCCGCCGGAUCUGGGGAUUCCUGGCACUCUUGGACGCACCGCUCGAGCCAUUGAC